AUUUUUGUGUGUGUGUGUGUGGAUUAACAAUAGUAGUCUUAGUAGAUUAUCUUUUCAUCAUAGCUAGGCUAUUUUAUUCAAGUCCCUUUAUUUUUUCUGUUGUAUGAACCCAAUUCACUCUGACAGUAUCAUGGUAUUUGCUCUUCCUCACCUUCUUGUUUUCUUACUAAUCCUGCUACCAAUUUCUUCUAUUGCACAAAAUAAUGGUAAUGUUACUGUUGGCAACUCUCUCACAGCCACUGACAACACCACUUCAUGGCUAUCACCUUCUGGUGAUUUUGCCUUCGGAUUUCGUCCUCUCAACCAGACAGAUCUCUUCCUUCUUUCUAUUUGGUUUGACAAAAUACCAGAUAAAACCGUUGUUUGGUAUGCUAGAGUAGAUAACCCUGUACCAAGGGGAUCAAAAGUGAAGCUAGAUGCUGACAAUGGGCUAGUCCUCACUGGUCCUCAAGGGGAUGAGUUAUGGAGAUCUAAUACAAUUGUUGGUACUGUAGCCUAUGGCGUUAUGAGCAACACAGGCAACUUUGUACUUCAAGAUAGCAGCUUCAAUAACUUAUGGGAGAGCUUCAAGAAUCCCACCGAUACAUUGUUGCCUUCACAAAUUGUGGAAAGAUCAGCUGGGGUGGUGCUUUAUUCUCGACAAUCAGAGACCAACUUUUCCAAAGGGAGGUUUCUGCUAAAGUUGCAGGAUGAUGGGGAUCUUGUGCUCAAUACCAUAAACUUGCCCACGGAUAAUACUAAUGACCCUUAUUAUAAUAGUGGAACUGUUGCUAGUGCUGGUGAUUCUGGUACCUCGGGUACUGCUGGUAAACAACUGAUGUUCAACAAUUCAGGUUACAUUUACAUUCUGAGAGAGAACAACCAAAGGUUUCCUCUAAGCCAGGUAAAGCUAGACUCAACUGCUGAUUUCUAUUUUAGAGCUACUCUCAACUUUGAUGGAGUUUUCACCCAAUAUUCUCACCCAAAGUCAUCCAAUGCCCAUGGAAGCUGGACUUCGCUCUGGUCUAUUCCAGAUAAUAUUUGUCACGCUACUGUUUCAAACUCAGGCAGUGGCACUUGUGGAUAUAACAGUAUCUGCACCCUUAAAUCAGAUCGAAGGCCAAAGUGUGAUUGCCCCAUGGGUUACUCCUUACAUGAUCCAAAUGACCAGUAUGGCAGCUGCCAGCCAGACUUCAUACAAGGCUGUCAAGAAGACAAGCUUAGUCCCGGGAAAGAUCUGUAUUCUUUUGAAGUGCUAAUAAAUACAGAUUGGCCAAACGCUGACUACGCGUUCCUCAAGCCUUAUACUGAAGAUCAAUGCAAACAGUCUUGCAUGGAAGAUUGUAUGUGUGCUGUUGCCAUUUUCAGAUUAGGUGAUAGUUGUUGGAAGAAGAAGCUACCUCUCUCUAAUGGUAGAGUUGACACCAGCCUUAAUGGUGGGAAGGCUUUUAUCAAAAUCAGAAACAGUAGUUCCAUCCCACCUCUGGGUCCUCACUUUCCAAAUAAUCCAGAAUCAAGGAAGAAGAAUCAGGACAAUUUGAUCCUCGUGGGGUCAGUGCUUCUCGGUGGCUCUUUGUUUGUUAACAUUAUAUUAAUUGUUGCAAUUUGUGUAAGUGUUUUCUUCAUUUACCAUAAGAAGCUCAGAAGACCUAUGAGCAAUGUUAAUUCUUCGGAGACAAAUAUGCGAUUUUUUACAUACCAAGAACUUGUAGAAGCUACAGGUGGGUUCAAGGAAGAAUUGGGAAAGGGAGCUUUUGGUGUUGUUUACAAAGAAGCAAUAGAAAUGGGUUCUAGUGUUCCUGUGGCAGUCAAGAAGUUAUAUAGUUUGGUUCAAGACAAUGAGAGAGAGUUCAAGACUGAGGUGAAUGUGAUUGGUCAAACAAAUCACAAAAAUCUGGUUCGUUUGGUUGGAUUUUGUGAUGAGGGACUACAACGAUUGCUGGUAUAUGAGUUCUUGAGCAAUGGCAGUUUGGCAAGUUUUCUUUUUGGAGACUUGAAACCCAGUUGGAAGCAAAGAAUCAAUAUCGCUGUUGGGAUUGCGAGAGGACUCUUGUACUUACAUGACGAGUGCAGCACCCAGAUUAUUCAUUGUGAUAUAAAGCCUCAGAACAUACUUCUUGACAACUACUACAAUGCUCGAAUAGCUGACUUUGGAUUGGCAAAACUUUUGAUGAUGGACCAAAGCCAGACUCGUACUGCCAUCAGAGGAACAAAAGGGUAUGUUGCACCCGAAUGGUUUAGGAAUAUGCCAAUCACUGCCAAAGUAGAUGUUUAUAGCUUUGGUGUCAUGCUACUAGAGAUAAUUUGCUGCCGAAGAAGCGUAAAUGUGGAGACAAUUGAGGAAGAAAAGGCAAUUUUGACUGAUUGGGCUUAUGACUGCUAUAGGGAAGGAGUAUUAGAUCCUCUGGUUGAACAUGAUGUGGAGGUCUUGAAUGACAGAGAGAAGCUCGAGAAGUAUGUCAUGGUUGCCAUUUGGUGCAUUCAAGAAGAUCCAUCUCUCAGACCUACCAUGAGGAGGGUAACACAAAUGCUUGAGGGUGUUGUUGAAGUGCUUGUUCCACCUUGCCCGUGUCCUUUUAGUAGGACAGUAACUAUGUCUUAGUAUUUACUCUCUUUUGCAAUAUACCAUCUUAUAUUUUUUUUUUUUGUAGUUAAGUUUGUUUUUGGUUUGUUGCCAUAAUGAUCUUUGUUAUAUUGGUUCAUGUGCUCCAAGUUGUUUAUAUGCAGAAGAUAUUAGAUAUGUUUCCAUAGCUUUUCAGAUAUGAAGAAGUUUAUUAACGAAUAAAGUGCCACUAAUUCCUAUGGAAAGUUUGUUUUCACCUACAAAUAAGAGGUUUGAUAAACUGUGUUCUGUUUUUUGUUUC